GAGAACUAAUCUGUCUCUCUCUCAGGUGUCCAAGGUGUCUGUAUCUCAGUGUGAACAACAGCCUGACUGCCAGUCCUGUCUGUCUAUCAGAGACCCUCACUGUGGCUGGUGUGUCCUGGAGGGAAGAUGUAGUCGUCGAAUGGAGUGUAGUCGUGAGGGUCAAGCCAACCACUGGCUGUGGAGCUACCAGCCUGCCAACCAGCCUGCCAACCAGCCUGCCAACCAGCCUGCCAACCAGUGUGUGACUGUCCAGAGCUUGGAGCCUGCCAUCCAAAGCAGAGAGGAGGAGACUCAGGUUUCUCUUGUUGUGGCCCUGCUGCCCACCCUGUCAGAGGAGGAGGAGUCUCUGUCCUGCUCCUUUGGAACCCUCGCCCCUCAACCAGCUGUCGUUACGGGAACCACCAUAACCUGUCAAUCACCCCAGCCUGAGCUCCUCCCACCCAGCCCACCAGGAAGUGACCACGUGUCCCUACGUGUGUCUGUGGUGUUCAGAGACGUGACCAUCUCUAGCAGUGACAUCAUCUUCUACGACUGUCGAGCUGUGGGGCGACUCAACACCACCUCCCCGUGUAUGGCUUGUGUGGGCAGUGUGUGGCCAUGCAACUGGUGUGUCCUGGGUGGGCUGUGUACCCACAACAACAGCAGCUGUCCCAGGCAGCACACCAUACACAACUCACUGGAGCAGCAGUUGGAGCCGCGGGGUGCAGACUCGUGUCCCUUUGUGUGGGCUCUACAGAGUUCUCCUCUGGUCCCCAUGGGCUUCCUGUCCCCUCUGACCCUACUGGGCAGGAACCUGGACGUGUUUCAGGGUGAGGAACAGUAUACCUGUGUGGUGGUCGUUGUGGGGGAGGAGCUUAAACUGAACGCCAUUCUGAAGAAAGACCCAGAAACCAAGGUCACCACCUUUACAUGCUCUGUCCACCAGUUCCAGUACCCUUUAAAACAUUUGGAGUACUCUGCUCCCGUCUAUCUGCAAAGAGGUUUCCAUCGCAUCGACUCUGCUCCCGACCUCAGACUGCAGCUGUAUGACUGUUCAGUGGGCCAGUCUGACUGUAGUCAGUGCAGAGCGGUGUCUUCAGGGUACGGCUGUGUCUGGUGUGGUGGAGAGACACCAGGCUGUGUCUACAAUCUCUCCUGUAUCAGCUCACCUGGGCCCGCUGACACCUGUCCCUCGCCUCAGAUCACACAGAUCCAGCCAGUGAGUGGUCCGGUGGAGGGAGGUGUUCUGAUCACCAUCCGUGGGUCCAACCUGGGGAUGCAGUACCAGGACAUCCAGGGAGGAGUGACUGUAGCUGGGGUCAGCUGCCUGCCUCAGUCCCAUGGAUACCUCAUCUCUACCAGGAUAGUGUGUGAGCUCCAGCCCAGUAAACAGGAGACGGAGGGACCAGUCAUUGUUUCCGUGAGAGACUCAGAACCAGGACAGUCUCUGCAGACAUUCACCUACCAGGACCCCCAGUUGACUGGUAUAGUCCCUGAUAAGGGCCCUGUAUCAGGAGGGACCAGCCUGACAGUCCAGGGGACUCUGCUACUAACGGGACAGAGGAAGGACCUGACUGCAUACGUAGGACAACAACCCUGCUACAUUUUUGAGGAGGUGAAUGGGACUCACCUGGUAUGCAGGACCAGCCCCAGUAACCAGACAGCAGAGCUGACAGUGAGGGUGUUGUUUGGGAAGGCAGAGAGGAGCGUACCUGGGCAGGUGUUUCACUACAUGGGGGACCCUGUCAUCACCGCAGCAUCGCCUGCUGAGAGCUUCUACGAGGGUGGGCGUAGUAUAAAGGUGAGUGGGCGUAGCCUGUACGUGGUCCAGCAGCCAAUGCUAACUGUGUGGGUGGAGCCUAAAGAGAACACGCUGGUGAGGAGGAGGAGGAACAACCAACUGGUCUUCAACAGCGCAGUUUCAAAGCAGGAGCGUUGUACGGUGGUCUCUUCCUCUGAGAUGAACUGUUUGACCCCGCGUGUGACCCCUGACACUAAGGUCAUGGGGGUGUGGUUUGAGCUGGACAACGUUAAGGUGUCAUUUGAGAGCGUCACGGGGAAGUCGUUCUCUUACUACCCCAACCCCGAGCUGUUGGCUCUGAACAGAGACGACCCAGACACACCCUACCGCUUCAAACCUGGAGGGGUCAUCGCUGUAGAGGGUAAAGACCUGACGCGUGCGAUGACCCGAGGGGAGGUGGUAGCCAGGCUGGGGGACCAGGAGUGUGAGGUCAAGACUCUGGACAGUACUCACCUAUACUGUGAACCUCCUGAGAAACAGCCAGCCAGUCUGGGGAGCAACCAACUGCCCAGCCUGAGGGUGGUAAUGGGGAAGCUGAACGUAGACCUGGGUACAGUGCAGUAUGACACAGAAGGCCUCUCACCUGUUCCUCUGGCUGCCCAGGUGGGUCUGGCUGCAGGGGCUGCUGUGGUGGUCCUAGUGGUGCUGGUCAUCAUCCUCAUGUACAGGAGGAAGAGCAAGCAGGCUCUGAGAGACUACAAGAAGGUUCUGGUUCAGCUGGAGACUCUGGAGAUCAAUGUGGGAGACCAGUGCAGGAAGGAGUUCACAGAUCUGAUGACAGAGAUGAUGGAUCUGAGUAGUGAUGUGGGUGGACCAGGUAUUCCUCUCCUGGACUAUAAGACGUAUGCGGAGCGCGUGUUCUUCCCCGGCCAGAGGGGGGCUCCACUGAGUCAGGACCUGAACCUGCCAGAGUCCCGCAGGCAGACAGUAGAACAAGGGCUGGGACAACUCAACAGCCUCCUCAACAACAGACUGUUCCUUAUCAGGUUCAUCCACACCCUAGAGGCCCAGCAAAACUUCUCCCAGCGUGACCGUGGCUACGUGGCGUCUCUCCUGACCAUGGCCCUGCACGACCAGCUGGAGUACUUCACUGAUGUCAUGAAGACCUUACUGGGAGACUUGGUGCAGCAAUACGUCACCAAGAACCCCAAACUCAUGCUGCGCAGGACGGAGACAGUGGUGGAGAAGAUGCUCACCAACUGGAUGUCCAUCUGUCUCUACUCCUUCCUCAAGGAGGUGGCUGGGGAGCCCCUGUAUAUGCUGUACAGAGCCAUCAAGUACCAGGUGGAUAAGGGACCAGUAGACGCUGUGACGGGGAAGGCCAAGCGCACCCUGAACGACAGCCAUCUACUGAGAGAGGACAUCGACUACUGCUCGAUCACUCUGGUGGUGAAGAGUGGUGUGGAGGUGCAGCCGUGUCCCGUCAAGGUGUUGGACACCGACACCAUCACACAGGUCAAAGACAAGAUCCUAGACCAGAUCUAUAAAGGAGCUCCCUUCUCACAGAGACCUGCUGCAGACUCACUAGACCUGGAAUGGAGAUCGGGGCAGGCGGGUCACCUGACUCUGUCAGACGAUGAUGUCACAGCAGUCGUCCAGGGACGCUGGAAGAAACUCAACACUCUGCAGCACUACAAGGUGCCAGACGGAGCGACCGUGGCUCUGAUCCCCAGAUCAGCUGUCGUCAUGGGGAUACCCCAGGUCUACCAGACUGGAGAGAAGAUGCCCAUGUUGGAGGGGGAGGAGGGGCUGAGGCUGUGGCACCUGGUGAAGUCCAACGAGGAACCAGAGAUCCCCAAACACAGCAGCAUGAGAGAGAGGGAGAGGGCCAAGGCCAUACCAGAGAUAUACCUGACACGACUACUAUCUAUGAAGGGGACGCUGCAGAAGUUUGUAGACGAUGUGUUCGUAGCCAUCCUCAACACCAAGCGUCCUCCUCCCAUCGCUGUGCGCUUCUUCUUCGACUUCCUGGAUGACAUGGCGGAGAAACACGGCAUCGACGAUCCCGAGACCGUGCACAUCUGGAAGACCAACAGCCUGCCUCUGAGGUUCUGGGUGAACAUCUUGAAGAAUCCUCAGUUUGUGUUUGACGUUCAGGUGACGGAUAGCGUGGACGCCGUCCUCUCGGUCAUCGCUCAGACGUUCAUCGACUCCUGCACCACCUCCGAACACAAAGUCGGACGGGACUCUCCAGUGAACAAGCUGCUCUACGCCAGAGAGAUCCCCAGAUACAAGCAGCUGGUUGAGAGGUACUACAGUGACAUCCACAGUGCAGCGUCUGGCUGUUACCAAGAAAUGAACUCUACUCUAACAGAGUUGUCUGGGAGUUUUGCCUCAGAGAUGAACAGUCUGGUGGCUCUGCACGAGCUGUACAAGUACAUCAACAAGUACUAUGACCAGGUCAUCGUGUCUCUGGAGGACGACGCAGCUGGACAGAAGAUGCAGCUGGCCUAUCGUCUACAGCAGGUCGCCGCCCUGGUGGAGAACAAGGUCACUGACCUUUAACCCCUGAUCUCUGAUCUGUGGCCUAGAGCAGGUCGCCUCCCUGGUGGAGAACAAUGUCGCUGACCUUUAACCCUUGAUCU